UUGGAAUUAAAACUUGCACAACUUUUGGACUGUACUGGCAAAACACGAGGGUGUCACGGAAUCAGUUUGAAAAUCUACCUAAUAAUAUAUGCCUAUCCGCAUAUCAAGCAUAUGAUAUCUUACCUACCAUGGUAAAUUGAUGCUGUCUGAGUCUGUAUUUGAGUUGAUGUUUAAAAUUUUAUAAUCUGGAGACAGCUUAAUUAUUUUGCUAGAAUGAGUGCUUCCACAGAUAAACUUGAAACAAGCAAUUUAGAAUUUGAUGAUGGACCGAAAAAUAGUGAGAAAAAUGGUGGUGGCAAGAAAAAGUGCAUCGUGAUAAGUGGAAUAAGUGUUGGAGCCGUGGUUCUCUUCAGCGUUAUAUUUUUUCCUGUAUACUUCACUUCUACAAAACCGAAGCCCGCGGAAUCAACUAUUAUUAUAACGGUCACUCCUCCGACUACACCAAGACCGUGGAUAUACGAAAGUGAGAGAGUGGAUUGUUCUCCAGAUAAGAACAUUACAAAAGCAGAAUGUGAAGGUCGCGGGUGUGUAUAUUCAGAUGGUAGUCCAUCGGUGCCGACGUGUUUCUUCUCCGGGCCGCGAUUGUAUUCAAAAGAUGGAGAUACCGUUAGUACGGAGACCGGGAAUAUUCGACUUUAAAAGUAUCUCAACAAGAUUAUCUCACUCAUUUUGGAGAUAAUUUCAAUAAAUUGACUGUUCAAACCGUUUAUAUAUCGGAAACUACCGUCCGUGUAAAGAUUUAUCCCAAUGAAGAAAGGUAUGAAGUUCCGAUGGAGCAUCCAACAGGAAUCAGUAAACGAUUGACAGCUUUAUAUUCAGUUCAACAUUCAAACAAAACUGAUGAACCGGGUGUAAAAAUAAUACGGAAAUUAAAUUCUAGUACAGUAUUUGACACUACAUUUGGAGAACUAAUGUUCUCGGAUCAAUUUUUACAAAUUUCUACUCGUGUGGCUUCGGAAUAUAUCUAUGGAUUCGGUGAACAUAUGCAUGAAACUUUCAUUCACAAUAUGAAUUGGAAAACUUAUGGAAUGUUUUCAAGAGACAAAGGG